UGAUAUUUUCACUCAUUUUCUCUCCUUUCCCCUUUUUUCCCUUUCACUAUUUUUUAUAUUCACCAAAUGAAUGAGACCAUAUAAUGUUUGUCCUGGUCUUAAGAACAAGGCAGCCAUCUUCCCUCUUCCAACAACCCACUUUCCCCCAGAGGGCUGCUAAUUGUUUGCCGGAGUGGCAGAAGCUGACACCAAACCCUUUCACCUCCUGGCUCUUACCCCAUGCAUUUAGUCAUGCAGCAGUUUACGUGAGAAUCCUAGGUGAUUUGUUGCUCUUUUUCUCUCUUCUCCAGCCUCCAGAUACAGCCUCUAGACACCACUAGAGCCCAAGGGGUCAGGUACUCUGCUUUUAGCUUGGGCAGAAAUUUUGACCUGGCCCAGCAGGCAAAAACCACUGAGCAGGAGUGGGGCAGAGAUCAGCCCAGUUGCAUUCCACCAUCACUGAGUGACCCCCAAGGCUGCUGAUGCAUCCAGUCCCCUCCUGUAGGCCAGGGAGGACGACCUGAGGCAGUGCUUCCUAUUUGGGAAGAGGGAUUCUUUGCUGGAGCCCUGGGAACGGGUCCCGUGAGAGAAGUCAGUCUUAGGAUAUAUUGCAGGGGGUGAGAGAUGGACCACUGUACAUCAUCCUGAGGUGUCAGGAAUUCUCCAGCUCAGAGAUGGAUUUGCUCCUAUUUUUACCUCCAGGAGAAGAGAGUUUUAGGUUCAGAUCAAUUUCCAGGACUCUCUCGCUAGAAAAAAAUUUCCAUUUGGAGAAUUAAUGGGCCAAGUCUAUUUAUCUCCCUCAGGGGAGGCAGUGCCAUGUUGGCUGUGGGGGAAUGUUUGGGCCUGUGCCCUGCUUGCAGUCCUGAAGCUCUGGAAGCUCCAGAGUGCAGCGGUGGGCCUUGCAGGGUUUUUUUGGUGGUAGUGAAUCAAGUUGAGAUAUGAAAGGUCAGGAGUUGAAGUUAUGGGAUCUAAGAUCCCUGUCCUGGGGCUGGUGAGGUUCCAGUGCCCACAGUCUGCUGUUGGGCCUUCUUCCCUGUCCCGAGGUUGUGAAUAAACUCACUGCACAGUGUGCAGCCCAGAAUUCAAAGCCUUUAGCCCAGAAGCAGCUGGGCCUUGGAGGUGUUUGCUCCUGACCUUUUCUCUUGCCACACCCUGGGGCUCUUGGGAGGAGCUGAGGUCUGAGCUGCAGUGCCAGGAUGCUGCCUUCUUGAUGCGGUCGUUUUGUUGCCUUCCUGGGUCCCGUCACAUCCUUCUUGCUCAAUCAUUGGGUGCUCGGGAUAGAAGCCGCCCUCCCCUAUCUGGAAGGCAGCACACGGCGUGGCUUCAUGGAGCUGUGGUUGGAGACUGAAGCGGCAGCCCUUCUCUCAGGCUCUCAGUAGCCAGUCUGUGUUGGAGGAAGGGGAAGCACUCCAUGCCCCGAAAGUUGGAGAAGAUGGAAGGACAAGUGGUAGGCGGGAUGCUCAGGCUCUUCCGCAACCGGCUGCCUCGACUCCGAGCAGGAUCUCUCCAGGAGAGGGAAGCUGUAAAGGAACCGGAAAGGGCCCAGGAGAUCAGUCUGCCCACCUUUGCUGGAGGGCAACACUUCUUUGAAUACCUCCUGGUGGUUUCCCUCAAAAGAAAGAGUUCAGGGGAUGACUAUGAGCCCAUCAUCAUCUACCAGUUUCCCAAGCGGGAGAACCUGCUUCGGGGCCAACAGGAGGAGGAGGAGCGGCUGCUCGGAGCCAUUCCCUUGUUCUGCUUCCCAGAUGGGAAUGCGUGGGCACCGCUCACUGAGUACCCCAGGGAGACCUUUUCCUUUGUUCUGACCAACGUGGAUGGGAGCAGGAAGAUUGGAUACUGCAGGCGCCUCUUGCCCGCCGGCCGUGGCCCUCGUCUUCCCAAGGUGUACUGCAUCAUCAGCUGCAUCGGCUGCUUCGGCCUGUUCUCCAAGAUCCUGGAUGAGGUGGAGAAGAGGCACCAGAUCUCCAUGGCGGUCAUUUACCCAUUCAUGCAGGGCCUCCGAGAGGCGGCCUUCCCUGCUCCCGGGAAGACCGUCACGCUCAAGAGCUUCAUCCCAGACUCGGGCACUGAGUUCAUCUCCCUGACACGGCCCCUGGACUCCCACCUAGAACACGUGGAUUUUAGUGUUCUGCUGCGCUGUCUCAGUUUUGAGCAGAUCCUUCAGAUCUUUGCCUCUGCUGUGCUGGAGAGAAGAAUCAUCUUUCUGGCAGAAGGUCUCAGCACCCUGUCUCAGUGCAUCCAUGCUGCUGCUGCGCUGCUCUACCCUUUCAGCUGGGCACACACCUACAUCCCCGUUGUCCCCGAGAGCCUUCUGGACACUGUCUGCUGCCCCACUCCCUUCAUGGUCGGAGUACAAAUGCGCUUUCAGCAGCAGGUUAUGGAUAGCCCCAUGGAAGAGGAAGGCCCAAAGAUCCCAGGGAAUUUUUUAAAAGUAGGACUCCGGGCAGUUGUACAUAAAGUUGUGGUCCUGCUGGUGAAUCUUUGUGAAGGAACCUUCUUAAUGUCAGUUGGUGACGAAAAAGAUAUCCUUCCACCCAAGCUUCAGGAUGACAUCUUAGACUCCCUUGGUCAGGGGACCAAUGAGUCACAGACUUCAGAACAGCUCAACGAGCAUGUUUCGGGCCCAUUUGUGCAGUUCUUUGUCAAGACUGUGGGCCACUAUGCUUCCUAUAUCAAGCGGGAGGCAAACGGGCAAGGCCACUUCCAAGAACGAGCCUUCUAUAAGGCUCUGACUUCCAAGACCAACCGCCGAUUCGUGAAGAAGUUUGUGAAGACACAGCUCUUCUCCCUUUUCAUCCAGGAAGCGGAGAAGAGCAGGAACCCUCCUGCAGGCUACUUCCAACGUAAGAUACUUGAAUAUGAGGAACAGAAGAAACAGAAGAAAUCAAGGGAAAAGACUGUGAAAUAAGAACUGUGGUCAACAGGAGGGACUGGACUCACAGGCCAGUUUUGGACUUUGGCCCCUGCCAGCAUGGUGGGACUGGCAAAGCUCACAGCCUCCAGAAUCCACGGCCUCCUCUGAGACCUGGUAACCAGGUCUCGCUUCAGGCUGCUGUCUUGAGUUCGGGGUCCCUGGAAUCCACUUUCUCCAGACUCUGGAAGGCUCUGACAUCUGUGCUCACAGAGCUGGGCUCCGAGCUGCAUGUUCCGCACAGGUGACACAGAGUGGCAGAGUGGCACAGGUGCUAUGGAGCCUCAGAAGUUGCUGGGACUGCCCUCUUCCAGGAACCACAAUCACAAAAUCCUCAAAAGGGAAAGCAGUUGUGGCCCAAGGCUCAGUCUCUUCACAUAAAAAAGCAAGUCUGUGGACAUGUGAAGAUAAGAAUAAAGAUGAAAAUCUUCUUGUU